AUUGUGAAAUUAGCAGCGUAUGUGGAAAGGGGAAUCCGAUAAAAAUGGCGAAUAACCAAUUUUGAGGCAGCAGGUUGAAGCACAAUGAUCCAAUCGGCUUGUAUCCGGGCCUCUGCUUUUCACCUCCCGCCUCUCUACUCUCACUCAACAAGGCAUUCCGCAACCGGCGAGAGCUGUGCAAUUGAAGCUCGCAAUCUGAGCUAUUCGGUUGUCACGAAACAGGGUAAACACCUCCCAAUUCUAAAGGACUGUUCUCUAAGCGUUCCCUCUGGCCAGUUAUGGAUGCUUCUUGGACCCAAUGGCUCAGGAAAAUCCACUCUUUUGAAAAUUUUGGCAGGGCUUUUGUGUCCCAACACUGGGUCUUUUUAUGUGAAGAAACCAAAGAGUUUUGUUUAUCAAAAUCCAGACCACCAGGUGGUGAUGCCUACUGUGGAAGCUGAUGUAGCUUUUGGCCUAGGAAAAUUCAACUUAACCAUGGAUGAGAUCAGGCCUAGAGUGGCAAAAGCUCUGGAUACUGUUGGCAUGUACGAGUAUCUGCAAAAACCAGUUCACACUCUUAGUGGAGGUCAGAAACAAAGGGUCGCUACCGCUGGUGCUUUGGCUGAGUCAUGCAAAGUGUUGUUGUUAGAUGAACUGACUACAUUCUUGGAUGAAAAUGACCAGAUUGGGGUGAUAAAAGCACUGAAGAACUCUAUAGAUGCAUCUAACGAAAUUACAGCGUUGUGGGUGACCCAUCGUCUGGAAGAACUUGAGUAUGCAGAUGGCGCAAUUUACAUGGAAGAUGGUAGAAUUAUUAUGCAAAGUGAUGCAUCCAUUGUGUAUAAUUUUAUUGAAGCUAGGAGGGCUUCUUAUCUUGACCAAAUUAAUCUAUGAUUAUUUGCUUCCUAUACUAAGCACAUUUGUACCUUUGUGUCUAAGCUUGUAUAGUAGAACUGUUUUUGAUGAAUCCAAAUGUUGUCUCUUUCUUCUUUGGUAGUAGUUGACAUUCCUAUAGUUUA